AUGAGAUGGAAAUACCAGGUAUUUGCCUUCUUCCUGACUGAAAGAGCAAAGUUAAUUUUGUGGAUAUAUGAUCCUGAAAGUACAGAUGCUUCCAAACUGAACCACACUGCAAUUAUUCCAUCACAAAGUUCUCAGAUACUUGGAAGACUGUUUUGGAAUUUGGGACAGGAACCUGUUGUUCAUAUCUAUUUGAAAAAAGAGAAGUACUGUUCUCAGGAGCAUCCAAAAUUAGGAUUAUGGACUGUUGAUGUACCUGCAAUAUCUGAUGACAUCGUAGCAAAAAUACAUGGAAAGCCAACAGUAUUUCAGGAAUGCUUUGUUCUAGAUACUCCUUUUAUAAUUCCAAGGCCCAAACAAUCAUUUCCUAGCAAGGAAAAUUAUACCUCACUCUGUUCCUCCCAAAAUAGUGACCUCUCCGUUAAAUGGUCUGCAUGUUUUCUAACAACAGCAGUUUUAUUAUCCAAUUUUGGAACUUUCUAUACAAAUGAUAGAUUCAAAACUUACAUAGAAAUAAAAGUUCCCUCAGAUGCUUUGACCCAAGGGCUAAAUAACAACGUAACGAAUGUGGCUCUAACUGAUAAUGGAAUCAUAUUUUUAAUAAAUGGUACUUUUUGCAGUUCUAUUAUGAGGAUGAUAUACAUAAAUGCAGCAUUAUCACCUGGGCUGCUGUGGGAUGACAUGAGUGUUUACUACACCUACAAAACCAACACAGAUAAUGGAUAUUUUCAAGUAUCUGGAUCAAACCUUUCUCGAUCAGAAAUGUCUCAUGGGAGCACUAUUCACCAGCUUAUUCUUGACUACUUUGGGAAUAUAUUGAUAAAAAUGAAAAGCUACAUCUUAUUUGCUGCAAGAACUGGCUUGAAAGAAUUAGUAAAGCUUCCUGUGUGGAUAAGUGGAAAGAAAAACAUGGUCCUUUACUUGAAUCCAUCUGCUAAUGUAUACAUGUUAUUAACUGAUGGUUCUAGAAUAUACCACCAGACCUAUCCUUUGGAAAUUGAAAUAUUUAGCUCUACAUUUAGCUCUGAAGAUUCUUGCUCAGUUGUAGCUUUUCAGCACAGCAUGGAUUUGAAUGUCUACUAUCUGGACAUGGGAGAUGAAGUGACAUUUUGGUCUUUGAAAGCUUUUGAGAAGAAGGUGGCUGUAAGUACAUCUCUGGAAGUCUACUUCUGGCCUACUGGUCUAAGCCAGACUUACUACAACUAG